UGCUACCGCUGAUUCUUCAAAAAUGGCAGAUACGGCAAAACAACAAGAAUUACUUGACAGUUUUGUCAGCGUGACCGGUGUAGAUAGAGGCAGAGCUCAGUUUUAUUUAGAAUCAGCGGCAUGGAACCUUGAGAUGGCAAUGGGAAGUUUCUACGAAGGGGACCCGGACGAUGAUGACGCCAAUCUUGCUGCUGUAGGUCAGAGCAUUCCAGAACCUGCCACAUUACCACCCAGCAAUGCUAAGACUUCUGCUCCAUCCGGCAGUAAAAGACCUACAAACUCAAAGUUUGCCACAAUAGGCUCCAUGAAUCCCAGUGACAGUGAUUCCAGUGAGGAAGAUGGCCAGGCGUUCUAUGCAGGUGGAUCAGAAACGAGCGGCCAGCAAGUUCUUGGCCCGAAGAAAAAGAAAAAUGUGGUGGAAAAUCUGUUCAAAUCUGCCAGAGAACAUGGUGCCGAGGAGGUGCCAGGAGAUGAGCCUGCCCAGGGUAGGAAGGGAAAGGGCUCAACUUUCAAGGGCUCCGGGUACCGACUAGGAGAUACAGAGGAGGAAAAGUCAGAACGCAUCGAGGGAGAGCCGGUCAUGUUCCAUAAAAAACAGGUUGACUGUGUGCUGAAGCUGUGGAAGGAUGGAUUCAGUGUUAAUGACGGGCCGCUACGGGACUUCAAGGAUCCAGCGAACCAGGACUUCCUCGGUGCAAUCUCUAAAGGUGAGGUCCCUCAAGAGCUGAUCCGCGAAGCCCGUGGUGGUGAAGUCAAUCUGAACAUGGAGGAUCAUCGCACGGAGAAUUAUGUCAAGCCCAAGGCAUCCCUUAAAGCAUUUGCAGGCGAGGGACACACACUUGGCAGCCCUGCUCCAACUGUGGUUACAAGCAGCCCUGCGUCAAAGGCGUCAAGCCCCCCUAAAUCCAGCCUCCGUCUAGAUGAGUCCAAGCCCACAACCACCAUACAGAUACGACUGGCAGAUGGAUCCAGGCUUGUCCAAAAAUUCAACCUGACUCACAGAAUCAGUGAUAUACGUGCACAUAUUACCUCAUCUUGUCCACAAUACCAAGGAGCCAAUUUCCUCCUCCAGACCACAUUUCCAAACAGAGAGCUAACAAAUGAGACGGAGUCAAUCGAAACGGCGAAACUUCAGAACGCAGUGGUUGUACAGAGAAUGAAGUGAUAGCGCGUCACAAACUUGAAGUGAUAGCAUUUCACAAACAUAGUUUGUAGCUAUCCAUAUCGUUAUUGUGAUCUGUAUAACUCCUGCUCGCUGAUGUCGAUAUUCACUCUAAGUGCUAGGUGAAGCUUCGGUAAAUGCUGAAGUGUUACUGGUGCAGUUUUAUGUACAAUUAUUGAUGUAGAUGUUAAAAGUUUUGGAUAUAAUUCAAUUAAUGAUAUUUGAUUUAAAGUAAAGAUGAUUUCUUUCUUGCAUACUGGACAUCGGUUUCUGAAACCCUGUCUUACACCAACCAUUAAGAUGACAACAAUGCGCCACUGUAUAUAUUAAAGAAUGCAAGACUUUUAAAUUAGGUUUAAAAAUAAUUAUUCAUCAAAAAGCGAUUUUUAGAGGAUAUUUUUUUAUGUCAGUAGCGAUAAAAAUUACUAGGCUUCAAGGUAUCAGUAAACAACUUUGCACAUGAUUUUUGGUGAAAUGCAUUUUUUACAUCAAUUACAUGUAUUCCUCAAAUUGAAAACUUAAGCAAGAAAAAUUUUGAUCAAACUUUUAUAAUAUGGAUGUAAAAAUCUGACCCUUGGGCAUUCGGACCGCAGACACAUGACAGAUACAUAUAUUUAUUUCAUCUUUUUAGUGAUACUUCAAAUUGUUGUUGCAUGCAUAAAUUGGUACCACAUGAUGAUGAGCCUUUGAAUAAAGAACUUGCAUAAACAGUUGUAUGACUUCAUGGUAAAGAUCACAUAGCUUGCUAAUCUGCUGAUUUCGCAUAUGAAACGGACAGGCUGUCAUUGAAAUUAGACUUGGUUGAACAAACCUGAAGUCUUCUACUAUUGGCAUCAAAUAUUUUCAAGAAGCCCUGUUUUUAUAAAAUUCAAAAGUUGACCAAAUUGGGGAAAGCAUUUAAGCAGUGCAAGGUUUGAGGGCUUGUGCCAAUACAACCACUGACACUUAUUCAGGUGACUCUUCUCGUUUUGCCCUGUAAUCUGUAUGUUGGAACUGUGAUAUAAUGUAUGUAAAGGGAAUACCAGUCAAUGUGAAUACAAGCUCGUAACUUUGAUGCAUGAUUGUCUAGUAAAAAUAAAGCAAAUAUUCAGUCA